AUGGCUAGUUUUGCAUCUAGGACAGGGUAGAAAAUUAAAGAAUGGUGGGGGGCUAAAGUUACUGUUGAUCCUCAGUUGGAAUCAAAGAAGCAAAGGAUUAAUGAGAUAGAUUAAUAUAUUAAGGGAUUAUCUCAAUCUUUUAGCAAUAUUUCAGCAUUAUUUUAAUAAAUGCAUGGACACAUGGGAAGAAUCAGCUCAAUUACCUAAAAACUAUUUGAGAAGGAAACAGAUACCAACAAGAGAAUAGGAAUUGAAGUGACAUCUAUGUUUGGAAACCUUUCAGAACUUUUCCGUUCGAAGAUUGAACCAGCAUCUGAAUUGAAUAAAAAUUAUGGCGAAUGGUUUUAAACGAUAGAGACCUUGAAAAUCUAGCUUACAAAUUUCUCUGAAAUAAGAUUAGUUUAUGAUCAUUAUAAGUUAAAAGUAGAUGAAUUAGAGAAGGAUAGAUCUAAUGUUCUUUCAAAAGGAUAACCGGAAGAUUUUAAAUUGUCAGAGAAAAUUAGGAGAAAUCAAAGUAAAUUAUCAAGUUCUGAAUCAAAUUAUAAGUAAAAGAUAUCAGAAAUUUUAAAUAACAUGAAUAAAUUAUUAGGAAAUUACUAUCGAAUGAUAAAUUAAAGUCUCGAUUCUUUUAUUGUAAUUAAUUAUGAUCUAUAUAUGAAUGCUAAAUCAAUUGUGAAGAAGAACUAAAAAGCAUUUAAUAAGUUUAAAUAUCCAGAAUUAGAACCUAUAAUAGAUCUAUUAAGAGAGUAAAAAGAGAUGUCAUCUAUAUUGGAAAGAGAAUAAUAAAAAGAAAAAGAAGUAUAAAAAGAAAAGGAAUAAAAAGAAUAGAAGGAAUAGAAGGAAUAAAAGGAAAAAGAAAAAACUGUUACUGAGAAAGAAGAGAAACAAUAGUAAUAAGGAGGACCUCCUUAACAAUCUUCUUAAUGGGAGGGGAAUAAUAAAUUUAAUCCUUUUGGUUAAUCAUAGUAAAUGAAUACGCAAGCACAUUCCAUGAUAACCAAUCCUUAACAAGUAAAUUCAAUGAUAAAUCCAAUGGUAAACUAGUAAACUGAUUUUGGAUCUGGAUUUGGAGUCAACACAAUGCCUAAAUAACAAUUUAUGAAUCCAAUGAUGUCCCAAAGGUAAUCAGUGCAACUAUAGGGAAUGAAUAAUAAUUUUGCUAAUAAUUUCUCACCUAAUUAAAAUAUGUUUGAUGAUGUAGGAUUAUAAAUGAUUAGUGAUAUCAGAUCUAAUUAAUAACAAUUAUGGUAAUAAUAAUAAUAAUAAUAAUAAUAAUAAUAAUAAUAUGCUCAAAGCCAAAUACUAAAUUAAAAUAAUUUCAUUAAUAAUAAUCCAUUUAUGAGUUCAUAGCCAUUAAAUCAAAGAACUAGUGUGUAAUAAAACCAAGGAUUUUAAUAAUUUGACUCUUAAAUUAAUAGAGUUCAAUAACAAAAUCCCUUUGCAGAUUUUGAGAGUGAGACUUAAAAGAGGGCUAUGUAUGAUAAUCCAUAUACAUAUAGCCAAUAAUUUUAAGAGAAUUAAAAGACUAAUCCAUUCGAGUGA